AUGGAUGGGACUUCUCCACGCAUUGUCUAUCUCGAAGAUCCAUUGUGCAUUCUCAAUGUAGCCUCUCAUCCAUCGCUGAUCGACCAGGAAUUCUCCGUUGGCGCCGUGCCGUGGGCGGACGAACGACGCGCAACAGCCUUGAACACUUCCGUUUUCGAUGCCGACUUCCUAAUUGGGAAUACCGUCACGUGA